AUGGAUCGUUUUAGGAAACCUAUCCAGUGGUUCAACAGGCUUAAAACCAAGAGCAACAAUUACUUUUACGACAUAUCGACUUACAAUGACGAGUUGAUGCUAGACUCUAGCAUACUGUCUAGGCCACCCAUGGCCGACGUGGGGAUAGAACCGCUUGCACCGGCAACGUUCCCGGAGAUGCUCGCGGAGGCAACUGCCCAGCCCAAGGCCACGGCCGAUAUCUUGCGGAAAACCCUCGACGGCAAGAUCCAGCUGGACGAUCACCCCAUGUACUGGGAUCGGGGGUUCUUCGACCAGAAAGCCGCACACUACUUCGCGCCCGUCUUCAGUCACGUCUGCUUGUUCGCCCACGAGGAGCGCGAGGCCCUCAUGGCGGAGUGCACCCCCCUGUUCGAGCAGUUGGAAGCGAGCAUCAGAGAAGUGGCGGAUAGCAUCGCCCGGGGCGAGGUGACGGUGGACGACCUCACGCCGACCAGGAGCAGCAAUGCGGCCUACGCCAGGGUGUACCUGGAUAAACUCACGGAUCUGUAUAUGACGCGUGUGGAUGUCGUUAGGGGACGGUACGACGACCAGAUGAGGCUCUGGAGGGAGGAACAGGGCCGACUCUUUGAUGUAGAGCUUAGUAGGGAGACCAGUGAGAUCCUGGGGACAUUCGAUAGGAGGGCCAGAGGAUACGUAAAUUUUUCGUAUCCUAGAUACAAGGCUGACACUCGAAAGGACGAAUCAUCCAAGUUCACUGGACAGUGGCUCCCGGUUGUCGACUAUCUUCCUAGAGCUCAUCAUCUUCUUCCGUAUUUGCCAUACCUAGGUAGUUAA